ACCAUGAGAGUGCUAUGGUUAUUGCUGCUGGCUGCCGCCGCCUCCGGUUUCGAGGUCGGCAAGGAGUAUGUGUACGAGUACAAGGGAACGAUGCAUGUUCUAAACCCUGAGCAGCGGCAUCAAUUGGCUGGCCUUGGAUUCCGAAGCAAAGUCAUCAUGCAGCCCAAGCCAGAUCACACGCACUUUAAGAUCGUGAACUUCGAAACGGACUCGUUCAACUCAGAGGAGAUCGACCUCACUCAUCACGAGUUCCACUACGCGUCGAACGAUUACCUCGUCGGCGCUCUUGAACAACCUUUUGCCGGCAAGUUCGACCACGGAAAGAUCGAGGAGAUCGAGAUCGGCAAGAGCGAACCCGUGUGGGUGAGGAACGUGAAGAAGGGCGUGUUGUCCCUCUUCCAACUGGACCUCGUCAAGGGACGUCACGAACACAAGGAUGACAAAGAGUACCAUGUCAAAGAGGAUGGUCUGCACGGCCCUUGCGAGACGAUGUACGUCGUGCACGAAGAAGAGCACGACUACAUUGAGGUGACGAAGGUUAAGAACCUGGAGAAGUGCGACCAUCCCAAUUUCGCCAUCAUAGGCCGGGAGGUUGCUAAAAAAUGCGUCAAGUGCGAGGCAGAGGAAACGCACCCCUCCUCCUCCUCAUCUGAGGUGUAUUACGAACUUAAGGGAACGGCGCAGCAUUACGUGAUCGUCCAUGCCUGGGCCGAGUCUGGAUACCUGUUCAAGCCUUAUGGCGAGGGCAAGAAGAUUCACGUGAAACUGAAUCGCACCCUGGACCUCCUGGAGGAGCAUGACGCCACCACGGAGACACCGCUCCCCGAAGACGUCGAGAAGGAGCACUCGUUGGCCCAGGAGAUGUACACGACUGGGGACCUGAAGACUCACGAUGAGCUCAGACACGCUAUCCCUGCUUUCAAGGAAUUCGGCGUGCACGCCAACAAGGAGAAAUUCGCGGAAGGCCUGCACAAGCUGGCAGAACUGGAGUACACAGAUGACGACAUCAAGGAGAUCGACAACAAGCCAAGCGGAAGCCAACUAUUCAUGGUGCUGUUCAACUCCUUCGCGAGCUUCGACUACGACGAGAUCAACGAAGUAUACCAGAAUCACGUGCUCUCAGCACCGGACGAGCUCAAGGAUCGCGUCCGCCACGUAUUCUUGGAAGUCCUCGCCGCCGUCGGCAGGAACCCUCACGUCACCUUUGGACUGAACCUGAUCAAGAAUAACGAGCUGACUCCGCUGGACGCCCAUCGCUUCUACGGGAAACUCCACCUGAACCUGAAGCAAGUCAACUCCGCCUUGAUCCGCGAAAUUGCCGACUCGUGCAAAUCGGUGGCCGUCAAGAUCCACCGAGGAACAUGGAGUGCCUGCAAAUUCGCUGCCAGCACAGUCGCAAGCGGCAAGGGAUGCAAGCACGCACAUGAUGACCAUGAGGACGACCAUGGAACUUGCAGCCCCGAGAUUGCCUCGCACAUCUUUAACUACUCCGUGACGCCAGCAGAUACGCACAACGAGCCAGAUUUCGAGAGCACCGUCUAUCUGCGCGUGGCUGGCAACCUGGCCACGCGGAAAGCGAUGCACUACCUGGAGCGCUUCAUCUGCCCCAAGUGGCACGCGAGCGAGCACAAGAGGAUGGCCGCCCUGUGGGCGCUGAAGCAGGCCUCCAAGUACCACCGUGAAUUGGCUCAAUCCAUCGCCUUGCCCGUCUUCUACAACACAAGCGAACCAAGCGAGAUUCGUAUCGCCUCAUUCCUGGUCGUCUUGUUCAGCCACCCAGAGCUUUACUUACUGCGUCACAUCGCUCGUGAAAUGGUCACUGAGCCUAGCGACCAGGUGGUGGCAUUCGUGUCAAGUGCCUUCCGCUCCCUGGCCAAGUCUAAGUACCCCUGCCAUCGAGAACUUGCCCAACAGAUGCGCUAUGUGCUGCCGGAAUGGGACCACGAUACGAGGUUCAGGAGGCCCAUCGAUAAGGCUUCGUCUCACCUAAUCAUCUCUUCCACAUACAACCCCAAAUAUGACUAUGGUAGCAUGACGGCCUCGGAGAUGAUCCGCUCGCACGACAGCUACCUGCCCCGGAACAUGUACAUCAAGCUCAUGGACUACAUGGCCGGCCACUCGUACGACACACUCACCCUUGCGUUCGAGAGCUGGGGCAUGGACAAGCAUCUUAGUCACCUCCUAGGCCCGCAGCCGGGAUCCACGAAGAACCUCUGGAACUUCAUGGGCCGUCGUCGCAUCCCGCGCGAUGCGUCGGCCAAAGAGCGAAAGGAGAUCGAGGAUUCUCUGCACAUCACUGACCGGGAGUACGACCCAAUGUUCGCACGUCUCAGCCUAUCCAUCUUUGGAAAGACCGUGGACACCUUUAUCAUGGACGAGAGCACCCUGGCCACAUUUAUGCAGAGAGAUAAACCAGACCGGGCUAUUCAGAAUGUGUUGGGCCUUGAAGUCCACAGGAAGUACUUCUACAUGACCACAGACAUAUCGCUGCUGAUGCCGAGUGAGUUGGGCGUGCCGGUCAUGCUCGACUUCAAGCAGGCCGAGUUUAUCUACGCAAAGCGAGAGAAGACGGGUCUCACUCACGGCGACAGCGCAGAACUCCACUUGGACAUUAAGCGCCACUACCUGUACGAUGUCGCGUCGUACCAGAUGGUCGGCUUCGCGCCAGAGUUCACCAAGCUGGCGCUUGGAACGGGUUACGGCGCGAGGACCGUCAUCUCCUGGCCGCUCGAUCUCAAGGUGACCUUGGCACCGCUCGAGGGCAAGCUGAGCCUGCGCCGACCCCUGCACCUGCCCUGGAACGUGAUCAACCACAACUUCCACCCCUUCACGUUCGCCAUGCCAUACGAUAUCAACGCGGACCCGGCACAUGCGCUGGCCGAGUUUCCCAACCUGGUGAAGCCUCUCUACCGACCGGAAGAACUGACCGAGUUCGACCGCCACUACUUCGACGACACAUUUGGCGUCGGCCUGAACGUCAAGGGCCACUUGAUCAGCAAGGGCCUGCACCGGGCUGUGCGCGAAGUCUACCACGAGAUGUCGUGUCGAGAGCGCUUCUACUACAUGGCCAUCAAUCCUCACUGGCACCCACGUGACAUCAAGAUCUACGCCCUGCCUGCUGCCCAAGAUCCCACCAAGGAACUGGACAUCGACAUUUCGUACAAGUUCCUGGAGCCAGACGACGAACGGCACAGCCACUUCAACGUGCACGACCAAAUCGCCGAUGAUCCCGAGGUGCCGUCCACCCACGUCCUGAAACUCGACAUCAACUUCAAGGGUGAGAGCAAGGAGCGAAAGGUAGCCGCCGAGUUGCGCUACUCCUUCAACCACGACCUCUUCAACCACAAGCUGCAGUUCUUCUACGACAGGACGCCGUUCAGCCACGCUGACACCGAAGGACUGAAGAUCUGCCUUGACGCAUCGGCGAAGUUCCCCAAGCCUGACUGGAGCGUGACUAAUAUGGCAACGUUCUACGCGGGACACCACAUCGACGCCCACCUCGACGUCCACUAUGGAAGCAGUUGCGAAUCAGGGUCCAGUAUCACAAUUGACGGCAAGUUCACACACACCGACGAGGAUGAACAGCAGUUAGCAGCCGCGGCUGAAGGUAAGGCAGUCGGCCGGAACAGGUUCAGCAGCACGUUCCUCCACUGGCUCGCUAACAAAUGCCACCAAAAGCAAGAGAAGGGUCUCCAGUUCAGCUACUACUGCUACAGACUGCUCCGUUACUCCAGCCGCCUCGGCAAAUUCACCGCAGACGUAGAGUGGAAGAACUACAAGCCCCUUCUGAACCGCUUGGCACCGUACUACGCGAAACGCUACGCGUACAAACCCUGGAGAGCUGGCUUCCUGGGUGUGCUUGGAUCGUACUUCACGGGCGACCACGGCAAGCUCCACGUCGUUUCGCAAGUGCCCUGGUGGGGCGUCGACGACAAACCGCACACCGACAUGAUCGUCACGACCGAGGACGGCCACCACCACGAACACUGGGAGGUUCCCACGUUCAGCAAGAUGCUCGAGCCAAGAGUCCUCUCGGUACUCGGUUACUCGCACGCUGCGGAGUACUCCCCGCUCUACAGGCACAAGUACUGCGACCUGCAGUCUCACAGCGUGCGCACUUUUGACGGCACCUUGGUCGAACUGCCCGAGACGGACUGUUACAAGGUAGUCGCCCGAGACUGCUCGCCUAACAAGAGGUUCUUAGUGCUGGCUCGUGCAACGAAGAACCCUUCACUCACCAAGGCACUGAAGGUGUUCAUCCACACGACCAUGAUCGAGAUCCUGCCACUGGAUGGCGAGUCCGGUCUCGUGGUGCGCGUUGACGGCAACAAAGUAGACAUCGCGCCCGAGCAUCCCUACAGCCACACUUCCCACGACGCUGAGCUGUUCAGAAUCAAGAAGGAGGCCACAAAGUGGUACACGCUGGACUCCGAGUCAUACGGCCUCCAUGUGGGAUUCGGCGGGAACAUGCUCGUGGUCGAGGUGGCUCCGUUCUACCGCGGAAAGCUGUGCGGCCUGUGUGGUGACUACAACCUGGACAAAAACCACGAGCUGUCCGGUCCCGAUGGCCACCUGUACAACAACACGCUCGAGUUCGCCAGGAGCUACGUUGUGCCCAGCGCGGACUGCCACCUACCUGCCCACUAAAUGUCCUCGGCGGCGGACGCUCUAAUCGACCAUCACAUCAUUACAACGAGCAUACCUCCGUCAACUCCUACGAUUAAAAAGCGGAGAGCCGAACUGCAAGGAAGUUACGGGUUCUUGCUUUUUCUAAUGGCUAUGACCGGGGAGAACUCUCAAGUAUUAACUCUUUAACAAAAUGCAAUAUCACCAGUGCUUCAGCUUUGUAAAUUGAAAAAAAAAAGGCAAUAAAGAAAAUAAAUAGUGACGUGCUA